GUAUAAAAGCAGUUAAGCGUGGGAUUUGGUCUCAAUGUGUCGGUCUUCAAAAGGUUCACUCUCUGGCUGGACGGCAGUGUGGAGCACACGGAGCUCACUGGGAUCUGCAUUGGCAGUGUGGCGUGGACUUGACCAGCAGUGAACGAGAGAGGAAACCCCCAACCCUCACAGCUGCCAGACUGAGACUGAAACCCAUGCUGCUGCUGCUGCUGCUGCUGCUGCCAGACAGAGCGCUGUCCGUCCGCUGUGGUGCUGAACCGCAGGAUACGACCCUGCGACCGGUGACGCAGAGCUCAUCAAAUCUAAAACACAGAAGAAACUAAAAACGUGGUGCAGAAGUGAUGCCUGGACUCCCCCCCGCCCUCAGCGUCACUCCGGAGGUCUGAGCACAGCAGCCGCCUCGCACCGGAACCCAGCGGAGCCUCCGUAGAUGAGGAGAGUGACCGAGGCUUUCGAUCAGUGAGGUACGCUCGGCGUCUCUUACACAAGGAAAUUAGGGAGAUCAAUUUGAUAGAUUGCGCCCCUAUAUAAGGCUCUACAUGCAGCUGCGAAAAUGGGCUGUAUCAGCUCCAAAGCGCCUGUUGUGGCGGUUGACGGGUCGUUGCGCGUGGACUGGAGCGCGGCUAGCUCCCUGUCUGACCUCGCGCUUUUGGGGAACACGCGGACCUGCUUGGCUCGCAGACUGAUACUGACAGCACCUUUGGGCGUACUGGACUUCAGUGAGGUGAAUGUUGAUGACACCAUUGAAAUGUUACCAAAAUCAAGAAGAGCUCUUACCAUUCAAGAGAUUGCUGCAUUAGCACGAUCCUCCCUACAUGGUAUUUCCCAGGUAGUGAAGGACCAUGUGACAAAGCCUACAGCCAUGGCGCAGGGCAGAGUAGCCCAUCUAAUAGAGUGGAAAGGCUGGUGCAAGCCUAUGGACACUCCGGCAGCCCUGGAGUCUGACUUCAACUCUUAUUCUGACCUCACUGAGGGAGAACAGGAGGCACGCUUUGCUGCUGGUGUAGCAGAGCAGUUUGCCAUUGCGGAGGCUAAGCUGAGGGCCUGGUCCUCUGUGGACGGCGACGAGUCCAACGAUGACUCAUAUGAUGAAGACUUUCUGCCUGCCAACGAGCCCACCACACAGAGCACAGAUGUGCCAUCAUAUCCGCCCUACUUGAAGGACCUGAUCCACAGCCAGCUUUGCCAACGCCUGGGCCUGCGAGGGCCCUGCUGUGAGAGUGGGGGAGGAGGCGGAGAGGGAGGCGGCAGCGGCAGUGGCGAGCCCUCGCCCACGGCCGGCUCUCCGGACACCCUGUGCUCCAGCCUCUGCAGCCUGGACGAGCAGCACCCGCUGCUGCGCGACCUGGGCGGCCACCCUGGCACCCACUCCCACAGCAACGCCGCCGAGCUUGCCGCGAAGAUCCUGUCUGCGCUGCAGGGAAGGGAGGAGCUCCUGCUGGCGCGGCUGCAGAGGGUGGGACAGAGCGGGCUCUGCGGGGGAGACUGUGGCUUCCACAGCCUGGGCGGGGGAGGGGGAGGGCGGGGCGUCAGGUCCUGCGGGGGCCAGGACUCUCCUUGCUACUCCAUGUCUUACUCCGAGACGUACCUGUCGCCCGGAGAGGACGACGACAGCCCCUGCAAGGACUACGAGAGCACCGUGUGCCCGGUGGAGGCCGAGGGCAACGGUGUGGAGUAUGACCCACGCAGGAGGGUGUCCGACGUGGCCUCCUCCGGGGUUGUGUCCCUGGAUGAGGAGGAUGAAGAGGAAGAGGAGGAGGGGGAGAGGCCAGCAGAGCCAAACAACCAAUGACUCCUCUUUUCUCACCUCAGUGUUGAAUCCCUUCCACUCUUCGAAGGACUUUUUUCUUCUUUUUCUUUUUUGCAAAAAUCCCCCUCGGCAUCUGAAAAGUUUCAACCCUCUGAGCAUGUUGUUUUUUUCCCCUCUGACCGACUUACAGAUCAUCCAUACUUGCCUUACUUGCAGCAUCUCAUCUGCUCUUUCCCUCCUCCCGACCGCUUGUCCCCAUUUCACGAAUCAAUGGUAUUUUCUUUGAAGGCGUCCAAACAAUCUUUUUUAUCGGUGUGAAAACGGUGAGCGCUUGGACUUGCUCCGGUCCACUGACUGACUCGUGGGUAUGAUGCUCACAGUUUUCAGCUCUGCCCCCACCUGCGAAGCAAAGAGAUUCCUCUGCCAGGCAAACAGAUCAGAAAGACCGAGAGUCCAGAACUCUUGACUUAUCUUUGCAUGUGUUUUGCAAGUGCUGAAAUCGACGGGCUGACCCGGUCUUGAGCACGAUUUGUAAUCUCAGCUGUUCUGUAUAACCCCUGCCCAUCUCUAAAGCGUCUCCCGUAGGAGGGCAGGUUGACACUGCAUCCUGGGACCUGCCCUUACCUCCUCCCCGCCCUCCCUGCCUCCCUCCCUCCCUCCCCCUCCUUUGCAAGAGACUAAAUAGCAUCCUUUUUGGGCAUGGCUUGCUGAGUAUGCCAAACUAUCUAACCCUGUCACUACCAAUUAUGAGCAAAUGCUGGAAUGUCUUCAAAGUGACAGGACAUAGUAUGUAUUUUAAAAUAACGAAGUUUAAAAAAAGAUUUGUCACACGACGAUAUGACAGAAAUGAUAUGCUUUUAUUGUACUAGUUUUCUAUCACUCAGACAUGUUGUAGUUCAUGUUAUUAAACGUCAUUAUGAUGGACAUCUGCCAUAAUGAUCAGCUAUAGCUACUGGAUAUCUUUGGGGAGUUCUGUGGAAGAAAACACACGAUAGCAUCAUCAUCAUCAGCAGCAGCAGCAGCAGCGAUGACAAACACAACACAAGCAGAAUGUUCUCUGAAGUGACCCUUCGGCGCUCGGUGUUCAGCAGGAAGUGACGCAGGUUUAAAACACAGAAAAGUUUUUUUUUUGUUUUUUUUUUCUGUGAAGAGAUAAGUUGCAUCGGAGAUUUUCUAUAUUUUUGUAUGCGUUGUCUUGCUUUGAUCUCUUUGCCUAUGCGGCGUGCCAGUGUAUGUGGUUUUUUGCACGAAGCUAACGUGGCUGUAGAUUUCUCCUUUUCUUCGUUAUCACUAUGUGAUAUAGUCUACUGGGAAAAAAAAAUAACAAUACAAAUGUGAACAACAAAGUUUUUAUUUUAUUUUUUAUUUCAAAAGAGGAUACUGUGAUACGGUUUGUUAUUGCCAUUUGUCAUGAUCCUCAUGAAGAGCUCUUCUUCUUUUUUUUCCUCUUCUUUCCUCUCAUACUGACUCUUGGAAAGCCUUGCCUUUUAUUCUAUACUUUCCCUUUUCUUGUGUGAUGCUUGUAAAAGGGCAUGUUUAUGUGAGGCAUCUCCAUGGUGACGCGAGGAGCCCCAGUAGGGUUCUCCAAGAGGGACUGUCAUUCAUACAACUCAGGAAAUCCCAUUGGACCAGAGCAUUAAUACAUCCCGCCCAUACGCACAACACCACUUGUCUCUCAUCCUCCACUUUUGUGUGCUUGCGUGUGUGGAUUUUCGUGCGAGACUAAGCCUGGCGUGCGUAGUUAUUUUCUACGAAUAAUUAAAGCACAGAUUCAGACCCCACUUCCCCUCCUUUCUGUUGACUGUUCGGAAAAGCCUCAACGUGUGAAUCCCUGUGCUUUGACGUUUUGCGCAGUCGCAUGUGUGAUUCUGUAUGUGGCAGUAUUGCAAGAUGUCAGCAAGCACUUCAAGCUUGCACUUGUGUAUCCAUUCCGAAACCGCGCCAAUGCAGCGAUUCCCUUUAAAACAGUGGCUGGUGUAGCGGAGGUCUUGGGGGUCUUGAACUUUUACUGAUGCUGGAGUUUAAAGAAAGAAAAAAAAGAAAAAAAAAAGCAUGCAGUCGACAAAAAGGUAAAGAAUUCUGAAGCAAAAAAAAAAAAAGGAUAAUGUUGCAAAAAUCGUCUGACUUCUGCACUCAAAACUACAUAAACACAAGGUCAUAGUGAGGAGAGCUGGAAAAGACAGUGACAACUCAGGGGGAACCAUUGAAGCUGUGCCUUUCAUUUGUCACCUUUGACCUUUCAAGUUGCAUCAUCAUCACGACAAUCCUCUGUGAUGUUAGUGAGACCAUAGCUUCCUUCCGCUUCUCCACUUUCAAGUGAGCAAGAGCGAAACGCUGCGAGCAGGCACCGAACGUCCUGUUGCAUCUCCAGUGUGUAGUCUCUUGCUGUGGAGGAGAGCAGGUUACAGCAGGCCGAUUUGCGUCAUUGUCCUUUUGGUUGACAUUAAAAGCUGGGCGGUGCUGGCGAGGCGAGGUUGUGCUUUUGUCAGGGCGUGGUGACGUGAGUGUGCCAUUGUCCACCCUCCCCUCCCUCCCUCCCUCCUUUCCUCUCUAUUUAUCAGCUCACUUUGUCCACCUCUGUGCAUGCAUUUUCUCUGUCUGUCUGUGCGUCCCCAACCUCUCCCCUGGCAAUGUUUGUGUUUGUGUGCGUGUGUGUGUGUGUGAAGGCGGGCUCCUUGGUGUGAUGCGUUUUUCAUUCACCUCGCGGCCUCUUUCACACGUCCAUGUGAGUGUUUUUAUCGUGAGAACGUCAUCGUUCACCAACCCGCACCCUGACCCCCGUCCUCUGUCUCGUCCCAGUCUCCUUGCAGCAGUGGGACUGUUGCGAACGUCUCCGUUUUUUUUUGUAUUCCUACGAGGACAUUUAGUCCCCCUAAGAAUAGAAAUAAAAGACUUCUCACUGACGCACACACAGACAGCCUGAUGAAUGUGUCCCCUCUCCAUCUUUCAGUCCUGUCAUUUCCUGCCCGCCACCCUCCUCUCGUCCCACCCUCUUUUGUCUCCGUCCUCUCCCCUCAUUCUCCUUUCUUUUCCUCCCUCGCUCCCUCCACCUACCCCCGUUGGAGGCUCAUUAUGUAACUAAGAGGACAUCUGAGUGCUACCUUUGCCGACAGGCAAUUAGCCCGCGAUUAUAAAACCCCCUGAUGAUCAGGAGAUGCGUAUCUCUCUCCUGUCUGUCUUAUUUUGUUAUCCUUCUCGCCAUCGCUCCAUCUGCGCGCUCCCUCUACGUUCUCUCUACCCCCUCCUCACUACCACACACUAAGUGACAUCUUUUCAGGUUCUCUGUCCCAGAAAACUUCUCAUGUUUUUUUUUUUUGUGCUUGCCUCUCUGUUUGGAAGUGAUUAAUAUUUAGUAAACAAAUAGCAGAAGAGCACCCUGCUGUCCUUGAGUCAGACGUGUCUUUCUAGUGAAACAUGUUCCUUGUUGUGCAAGUGUGUGUGUGUGUGUGUGUUUGUGUCCCUGGGCAGUGUAUUUUAGUUUGUUGCUUCAGGCCAGCACUGACAUUGGAUACUUAUCAGAGAGAAGUGCUCCAGAUUCUGCGUGUGUGUGUGUGUGUGAUCGUGGCGGGAGAACCCAGCGCUAUAAAAAGACAUCAAAACAUCUGUCGGACAGUGUCAAGCCAGGAGGGCGUAUGAAUAUUCAGUUGUCGGUGGCGCCCCUGUCGCCCUAUAACCUACUUACCAUUUUAGAACAAAGCCAAAGGACCUUGGGACUGUACUCCCCACACCUCCGGCCCCCAGCAGCGAAUAUUAGAACUAAACCUGUGAACAAGCCCGAGAAUGUGAAAACGGCUGCAGGAACUGAACGUGAAGAGUUUUAUCUUCGCAGACAGAGAUGGUCUGUGUUUAACACACAUUAAGCCUCCGCUGUCUUAAUUAAAAUGUCCCACAAUCCUCGGGGGCUUUCGGUGCACACGGUGACACACACACACACACGCGGAAUAAAGAGAGACUUACGGCACAGAGGGCUUGUGUGAGUUCAGAGAGCAAAGCCAUACAACUCACCCACCAGAGACAAGGACACUAUGAACUAACAGGGUAAUGGAUAGAUGACCCAAAAUGAAUGUACCGUCCCAUCCACAUCACCAUCAGCAUCAGUCUAACACACAAACCCAACCUUCUCCUCCCCCAGAAACCCAAGCCUGUCUCUUUCUUAUUUCCUCUUUUCUUCCUUUUUAAUACUUUUCUUCCUCUUUUGGCUGAAUGUAAUUAUUUGAGUAUUGCCACCUUGGAACUGACGAAAUCUUUGUUGCUGCAUCUGAUAUUAUUUCGACUUAAUAAAAUAUUGUUAUUGUUCUUUGCAAAAAAUA